CAGUUAGUGCAGAGCAGUGCAUAGCUGCAAAGUUCUUUGAAGGCAGCACGCCCUCGCACGUACCACAUCGCGCAGUAGUUGCACACAACCGCACCUCGCUGCAUCGCAUCACAUCACCCGACCUUGAAUCCUUGCAAGAUCUUCGUCGGCAAGAAGUGAGUCGGUUUCAUUUCCGGUCACGACCGUUGCACGUUUCCACAGGAAGAAACAACAGAGGUACCCCCCCUGCGAGCACGAGACUCCUUCCGUAAGUGGUCGUCACUCUUCUGCGCGACAAGAAGAUGUCCAGGAAAGAGCCACAUCCGGAAACCCUGCACGAGGGCUGGGGGGUCAAGAUAACAACUACAGGAAAGGUUCACGUGACAAAGGAAACGCAAUGGGAGAAACCGAAGCAGCCAAAGCCAAGCACCCGCGGCCGUUCCAACGGCCACAGCGUGGUGGUGGAGCCAAGCGCGGUGCCCGUGGAGAGGUACGUGACAAAGGUGGACGGGCCCGCUAGGGAGGCCUCUUCUUCCUGCCGCGAGCCAGAGGGCGGCUUCGACACGAAACAAAGACAACAACAGCAGUCGCAGCAAGCGCGACCGUCCUCGGGCAGCAACGAUGCCCUCAGCCGCAACAGCGUGGAGCCAAGCGCGGCCCCAGCGGGAAGGCCCGCGGGAUCGGUGGACAGGCGCGGCAGGAAGAGCUCCUCGACCAGCCGCGCGCAGCGCGAGGAUGUCCCUGACGGCCAGCGGCCGUCGACACGCAGCAGCAAUUCCUCCACCGCCAGCUGCAGCAGCGGAGGCAGGGACCGGGACGCGGAUGCCAGCUGCAGCAGCAGAAGGAGGAGGACCAGCCGCAGCUCGGACGUUUACGAAUGCAGCGGGAGCGACGGCGGCCGCGGCAGCCGCAAGAACGAGGACGAAGGUAACGACAACACCGUCGACAGUGGCCGGGGGAUUCGUGACGGGAGGAAGGAGUUAUCCUCGUCCUCACGCCGCGGAGGCAGCACCAGCAGAAACGGCAGCAGCAACACCACCAAGAGCGACAGCGUCACCAAGAGUAACCGCAGCCACGCGAAGGAUAAGAGUGAGGGUGAGAGGGCAGUGGCCUCAACCCUCCCUGACGGUUGGAGGCGGGCGUACACCAAGACGGGCAGACUCUACUACCGCAACGAAAGACAGAACCUAAACACCUGGGACCCGCCGAGUUCCGCCGAGGGUCCCAACCACGGUUCGGUCGGCAGCAGCAGCAGGGGGAGCGCCGACGGCGUCGGCAGGAACAGGGAUAGGGAUAGGCGCAAUCGGUCUAAGACCCGACCCUCCACAAGCAUGACCAACGUCGACGACGGGGCACAAACCUCGCCCCUCCACCAUGGCGGGAGCAAGGCCUACACUAAGACGGGGGAAGGCUACCACCGCAACAAGCACGACAAAACCACCGCCGGUGACAGGCCAGUGCUUGUCGAGGAGCCGAAUGGCGUGGAUGCUGGUGGCAUGGACAAGAGCAGGGUACGGGGAAGGGAGAAGAAGUGGCUUGCGCAGACUAGCGGCAGCGCCGAGAAGGAGCAGCCUCUUCCCCCUGGCUGGAGCAAGGCCUAUACCAAGACAGGGGAAAUCUACUACCACAACAAGCACGACAAAAGCACCACCUGGGACAGGCCAGUGCUUGUCGAAGAGCCGAAUGGCGCGGAUGCUGGUGGCAUGGACAAGAGCAGGGUACGGGGAGGGGAGACGAAGCCGCCUGCACAGACUAGCGGCAGCGCCAAGAAGGAACAGCAUCUUCCCCCUGGCUGGAGCAAGGCCUACACCAAGACAGGGGAAGUCUACUACCGCAAUAAGUACGACAAAACCACCACCUGGGACAGGCCCGUCCUUGUCGAGGAGCCCAAUGGCGCGGAUGCUGGUGGCAAGAACAAGAGCAGGGGACGGGGAGGGGAGACGAAGCCGCCUGCACAGACUAGCGGCAGCGCCGAGAAAGAGCAGCCUCUUCCCCCUGGCUGGAGCAAGGCCUACACCAAGACCGGGGAAGUAUACUACCGCAACAAGAACGACAAGACGACCACGUGGGACAGGCCCGUGGUUGUCGAAGGACCCAAUGGCGGGGAUACUGGUGGCAUGGACAAGGGCGGGGGACGGGGAGGGGAGAAGAAGUCGCCUGCGCAGGCUAGCGGCAGCGCCGAGACGCAGCAGCCUCUUGCCCCUGGGUGGAGCGAGGCCACCGCUCCCGACGGCAAGACUUUCUACCUCAACCACGCAGACAAGAGCACCUCUUGGGACCGCCCGGUGCUCGCCCAGGCCAACAACAACGCCCCCAGAGAGGCCGCAGCAGCAGCGGCCUCAGGGCCCAAGGCACGCCAGCGGGAGAGGGCUGGCGACGUGAAGAAUGGCGCCCCUCCCCCCCUGCCGCCUCGGCGUGCGUUCGUCGGAAACAAUACCGAGGCGUCGGAUGCACAACAGCCGGCGGCGGUGCCUGCAUCAGCGACAGCACCAGCACCAGCGCCGGCCGCUUUCGACCCCACCAUGUUCGGCAUGCCUCCCGGGACCCAACUCCCUCCCCAGAUCCAGCAAGCCAUGAUGGCGCAGCAGCAAGCUAUGAUGCAGGGACAACAGCGAGGUCAACAACCUGGCGCCCGCAUGCCGAUGAUGGCCAUGCCGGGGGCCGCGGCCGGGGGAUCGCCGGUGAUGACGAGGCUGGGCAAAGGUCUGGACUUCAUGAUGAAGCGCAUGACCACGCGCCCGGUCGUAAAGCCGAGGCCUCAAGGAUACGUCGGCCUGAACGGGGGCAGCUUCACCAACGUGGGGGGCUUCACCGAAGGCGACCUGAAGGUGCCCAAGAUUAAGAAGCCGAAGAAGCCGAAGAAGGAGGAAGAGCCGUCGUCGAUCGGAGACAUGGCCGGCACAGCUUUCGUGAAAGGCUUGAACAAGGGCAUCAACUCCGGCCUCGGCUUGGUCGGCGCAGGCGACUACUACAAGGUGAAGAUGACGAAGAAGAAAGGCGGUCUCCAGUUCGGCGGAAAGGCCAUGAUGGGCGGAUCCGGUUCGGAGGAGGAGGAGGAAGCGGAGGAAGAUGAGGAAGGAGCAGAGAUUGAUGUCGAUAUCGACGUCGAGAUUGAAGUCGGCGAGGGGGAGGAGGAAGAAGAGGAGGAGGAGGGAGAAGAGGAGGAGGAGGAGGAGGAAGAGGAGGAGGAGGAGGAGGAGGACGACGACGACGACGACGACGACGAGUAGACAGGGCAGUCAAAUCAACUCUUGCCGUAUCUCGUGUGCCGUUUGUCGAAUUGACCUUGUUUUCUUGAGCAAUAGACUACUGCUGUACCUGUUUGUUUCAUGUGCAUUCUGUGAAAAUUACACAAAUAAAUACAUUUGGUUGUGUUGUAGUUUCAAGAUGGACUUCGUUGACUGAAAAAGAAAAGUUGGCCGGUCGUUCGUGUAUUCGGGCUCGUGGUACCCUCUCACCAGGCAUACAUGGUGAGCAGCUAUUACUGCAAUAACUUCGUAUACAUGGAGAGGGGAAUUUGAGACUUGGGGAAUUGUUCUUUUGUCGUGAAGGAACAUCGGGAAAGGUACGUCACUCUGUUUUGGUUGGCACGGAAGCUUAAGCAACAGUAUCAAGCUGGAAAGAACGAAGAGACAGUGUAAACACGCAACAAGGGGGCAGGCCUUCCUCUGGUCCCCCUGAGAAAACGGCGCACUCCAGCGCAGCGAAUAUGCC